AUGCACACUCCGACUUCACCAAACAUGACUUCAAAAUUUCUUGUUGCUUUCGCCAUUUUCUCAAUUAUUUUGGGGAUUAUACACCUCUAUGGCACCAACCUGAUGUCAUCUGUUAUACAUCGGAUUUUUAGCCCGCAUAUAGAGGCUUCUAACUCUGGCAUGGCGGCUUUUAAGUUUGAGAUUGAGAUUUAUGGGUUUCGCGGAUGUGUACACGCGGAAAAAGCAGAAAAAACUGCACAAAGAAUGGCCACAAAAAAUAGCAUCAUGGUUUGUUUAGUAGAAAAAAAGAACUGGCAAGCAAAAGCCACCAUGUUGCGGGCAGAACGGAAAAUACAGAAAUACACUACAUCUCCGUUUGUAUUUGUUAAUGGUAAGUUUAUUGGCGGAGCUGCUGAGCUGGAAAAAAUGGCUAACAACCCCAAAUCCGCGCAGACCUGA